CCCUCCCCCAAUUCUCCAUCCCCUUCCCUCCCGGUCUUGGAGGACCCCGUCCUAGCCCGACUGGUUCGUCGUGCAGCCUGCGUGAAGCAGUCGGUGCCACUUCCCGCUCAUGUGGGCCCCCGCGGGCUGCCUACGCCUGUGCCCCAGCUCCCGGUUCCGCCGGGCUUUCCCCUCGCUGGGGGUGGCUUUCUGAGCAACCCACUCCGUGCCCCUCUCUGCAGCCUAUCCUGCCGCUCGGGGCCCCCGUUCCCCCUCCCGGCGGCGGGGGGCUGCCCCCGGGGGGCUGGCGGAGCUGGGCCGCGGGGGCCCCGGGGCCGGCGGUGCCGGGGUCAUCGGGAUGAUGCGGACGCAGUGUCUGCUGGGGCUGCGCACGUUCGUGGCCUUCGCCGCCAAGCUCUGGAGCUUCUUCAUUUACCUUUUGCGGAGGCAGAUCCGCACGGUAAUUCAAUAUCAAACUGUUCGAUAUGAUGUCCUUCCCUUAUCUCCUUUGUCCCGGAAUCGACUAGCCCAGGUGAAGAGGAAGAUCCUGGUGCUGGAUCUGGAUGAAACGCUUAUUCACUCCCACCAUGAUGGAGUCCUAAGGCCUACAGUGAGACCUGGAACACCUCCUGACUUCAUCCUCAAGGUGGUAAUAGACAAACAUCCUGUCCGGUUUUUUGUACAUAAGAGACCCCAUGUGGAUUUCUUCUUAGAAGUGGUAAGCCAGUGGUAUGAGCUGGUGGUAUUUACAGCAAGCAUGGAGAUUUACGGCUCUGCUGUGGCAGAUAAACUGGACAAUAGCAGAAGCAUUCUGAAGAGGAGAUACUACAGACAGCACUGUACUUUGGAGUUGGGCAGCUACAUCAAGGACCUCUCUGUGGUACAUAGUGACCUCUCCAGCAUUGUGAUCCUGGAUAACUCCCCGGGGGCUUAUAGGAGCCAUCCAGACAAUGCCAUUCCUAUCAAAUCCUGGUUCAGUGACCCCAGCGACACAGCCCUUCUCAACCUUCUCCCAAUGCUGGAUGCCCUCAGGUUCACUGCUGAUGUCCGAUCUGUGCUGAGCCGAAAUCUUCACCAACAUAGGCUCUGGUGACAGCUGCUCCCCCUCCACCUGAGCUAGGGUGGGGGGGAAAAGGAGAGAGAGUUCUUGGGAUGCCAUCUGUUGCCCUGUCCAAUGUGAGGACUGCCUUGGCAGGGCCUGCCCCCCCCCCCUGCCCUGGGAGCCCUACACUUCACUCCUGGAGUCUGGAUGGACACAUGGGCCAGACUGUGAAAGCAGCCUCACUCUAACUUCAUGUUCACACUCCAUGGAAACGCCGGACUGGGACAGGCGGAGGCCUUGGAGAGCUGAGUGUCUGGAGAGGCAAGACUGGCCAGAGUGACAGAUAGACAUAACGGUCAUCCCACAGGCUCAAAGAGAAGCCAAGUCAGCUUUGUUGUGAUUUGAUUUUUUUAAAAACUCUUGUACAAAACUGAUCUAAUUCUUCACUCCUGCUCCAAGGGCUGGGCUGUGGUUGGGAGAUUGGGAUUUUGGGCCAUUGGAUCUUCCCCAAACUUUUCCUUCCCUUUUCCUCAAUUUUUCUUUCCCCAUAUUCCCUGAUACCUGUAAUCAACUUUCUCUUUUCUCCUUUUCUCUCUUUUAAACCAUGCAUUAUAACUUUGAAACUAAA